AUGGUUCAUCCUCAGAAGAAGAAGAAAGUUACGCCUUCUAUGUCAAAAAAUGUCAAGACUUCUAAUAAGUCUUAUGAACCUAUAAUCCCCAACAAAGAUAAAAGUGUUGUUGAAGAAGAAUCUAGGUCUAAAGGGCUUGAAUUAAGAAACCAUAGUAUGCAUGCUGACAACACCGAAAAUCCCACGGAAGCAGAAAAAAGUGCAACUGAUAAGGAACUUAGGAAGUUUGUUGCAUCCGUUUUGAAGGAAGUAAACUCAGAUGUUUUGCAAGAUGUUCAAACAUCUUUGGCAAAAGAACCAAGCCCUGACAAUGACUCUGGUGAAAAAGCUGAGGAAAACGUUCCUAAACAUGUUGCUCUUGAGAGAAGAAAACCCCUUACAAAUAUUGUUACUCUUAGUAUUGCCAAGAGACUGCAAAGACGUAAAGGAAAGACGGUUGUGUUUGAAGAUUCUCCCUCCAGGGAAGUGAAGAGAAAAGUUGGUGGUUUGAAAGGUACUCCUUCUAGAAGCUCCACAGGAAAAUAUCCUGACAUCACCCCUAUAAAAAUACCUGCUAACAAGAAGUCUCAUGAUGCUAUGCCCAAAUCUAUAUUUGACAAUGCUUCUUUACAUUAUAUGAAGAAUGCAGAAAGGUGGAAGUAUGUCAUUCAGAGGAGGGUAGCCCUGGAAAGGGAAUUGGGGAAGUAUGCCCUUAAGUGUAAGGAGGUCAUGGAACCUAUAGAAGUUGUUGGGUUGAUGAUAACUGUCACACACUUUGGCCCUUGCUAUGAAAGCUUAGUCAAGGAGUUUGUGGUGACUAUCCCUGAUGGAUGUGAUGAUACGAAGAGUGCUGACUAUGGAAAGGUAUAUAUGAGAGGAAAUGUUGUAACAUUCUCCCCAACUAUGAUCAAUAAAUUUCUAGGAAGAACAAAUGUACAUCAAGCUGAGUUGGAAGUUGCUGAUGAUCAGGUGUGCAAAGAGAUCACAUCCAAGCAGGUUAGACAUUGUCCAAACAAAGGGAAGUUGUUUGCUGAUAUUGUUAUGACAUCCUCUCAGGCACCUGACCCUGCCACCUCCAAGAAGAGUGUCAUUUCUCAGCUGAAGGAAACUUGUAAAGAGUCUAAGGACUCCAUCAGAUCUAGCACUGCAACAAAGAUUAAAUUUAAGACAUUGAUGAAGGUUAUGAUAAAAGAAGAGAAGAAGGAAGUUGUACAGGGUGGUGAUGGUAAUGAAAAAACUGAUAAUGAAGACAAUGCUGGUAAGGAUGAUGUUAAUGAAGAGAAAGAAGAUGAAGGAUAA